UCGGAGUCGAACCUUCGUCGCCAAACCCUAAUGUAACGCUCUAAAACCCCGUUCCUCUUUUGCCCCCCCUCCGCAAUUAAAAGGGCGAACCUUAGAAAAUCAAAAGUGGAGAGAGGAAAGCAAAAAAGGAGGAAAGGAAAAAAAAAAAAAAUCUCUUCUCCUUCCUCCUGUUAACUUGAUCAAAACCCUAGUUUUGGUCAAUGGACAUCGAGCGUAAGCAAGCGGAGAUCGUCGAUCACUUCGUGAAGCAGGCGGCGGUUCUCGACGCGGAAGCGUCCCUCGCCAAUCUCAUCGCAGAGGCGACCUCUCACCCUUCGCUCUUCGCUUUCUCCGAGAUCCUCUCGGUUCCCAAUCUCACCAAGCUCGAGGGGACGCAGUUUGCUUCGCAUCUUGAAUUGCUUCGAUUGUUUGCCUACGGUGCUUGCAGCGAUUACAAGAGUAAUAGUGAUCGGCUUCCAGCGCUCUCAGCUGAUCAAGUCCGCAAGUUAAAGCAACUUACUGUGCUGAUGCUGGCUGAGGGGAACAAGGUACUGCCUUAUGAUCAACUGAUGCAGGAACUAGAUGUUUCAAAUGUAAGAGAGCUUGAGGACUUCCUUAUCAAUGAUUGCAUGUAUGCGGGUAUUGUUAGAGGCAAGUUGGACCAGUUGCGGCGGUGCUUUGAGGUGCAAUUUGCUGCUGGAAGGGAUCUGAGGCCUGAACAACUUAACAAUAUGAUACAGACUCUAGAAAAUUGGUUGGGGACUUCGGACAAUUUACUUCACACCAUUCAAGACAAAAUCAAAUGGGCUGAUGCGAUGAGCGAGGAAAACAAGAAACACCGCAAGGAAAUUGAGGAGAAGGUUGAAGAUGCGAAACAGUCCUUCAAGUUACACACUAGCAGAUUGACAUGGACAUACGAGGCCAUGAGGACAUCUUCUCUUCUGAACCUGGAGGAAUGAUUAUGGACUACGAGGAGGACCGUGCACGACCUAAAAGGAGGCGACAACCGAUGCAUUAGAAGCACAUUUGAUCAUUUUGGCUGAUGAUCUGCAUCUGAGUUGCUGGAUUUCUUUCUCUUGUUGGUUGCAUCCGGGAAAUCACAUAGUUCCAAUUCUUCGCAAUUAAUUCUGGAGCUGUUUUUUUUUUUCGCUUUUUCCGGAAUUGGCUUAUUUCUCGUUGCAGCCAAUGGAAACUUUUGUACCUACAGCAAGAUUUUUAAACUCGCUCGGUUAUUCUAUCACUUAUAGAGUCUGUCAAAAAAAAAAAAAAAACAAGCAGGAAGUUAGUUUCAAAUUAUUUGCUUGCCAUUCUCCAGUGAUAAGUUUCAUUAAUGCAUUAUCAUAGUUAUA